CAUCGCCCAUCCCGCACAAUGUCGCUGCCAACGAAGCGCAAGCACGUCGUAUUCGACGGCGCUGAGGCCGAGGCCGAGGCUGGCCCAUCGACAAUCCACCCCGACCGCGCGUACAUCCACCCCGACCGCGCGGGCUUCCACCCCGACCGUGCAGCUGCGAUCGAUGCCGCCCAGCCCGCAGCCAAGAAGCCCAAGGUCAAAUCCGGCAAGAAGAAGCAGUACCUUGCUAAGAAGGCGCGAAGGCAGCGCAAGCUCAAGGCGGCGAAGAAGGCUGCCGCGCCGAAGAACCAGGAGUGGAACGGGGAGGAGAGCGAGAGCGACGAUGAGAGCGAGGACGAGGAUGAUGACGAGGAGGAGAGCGAGAAGGAGGAGGCGAACGGCAAGCCUGAGCCUUCAGUAUCAGCACCAGUCGACGGUGCGGCUGACGGCGCUGCUGCUGAGGAGGACGAGCGCGCCAAGCGGAAAGCUGAGAAGCGAGCCAUUGGUGACGGGCGGAAAGAGGAGCGCAAAGCGAAGCGCGCCGCCGAGAGGAAGACCAAGGCGGCAGGACAGCCCAAUGGAGAGGCAUCGACUUUGGCCCCAGCCCCAGCAGCGACAUUAUCAACCGCACAGGCAGCAUCAGACGACGAGGACGAUGACGAGGCCGGCGCCGCGGCAGACGACGACGACGAAGUCGAGGACUACGAGCACCCCGAGCUCGAGGACGGCGCGAUCCCCGACCUGCCGACACGGCUCACCCGCUCGCCAUCACCUCCCCCGCUGGAGCCAUUCCCCCUCCCGCGUAUGGCGCCGGCGCCCGACGCGGCCGUGUUGAGCAGGCAGGGCAUGCCGACUGGUCUCGAAGACGCAGUGUUCAUUGACCAGGGGCUGCGCGCCGGCGUCGCGGACCUCGCGGCGUCUUUGGGGUCUGGCACGGCGGGCCUGAGCGAGCGGACGCAGAAGCGCCUUGCCGAGCUGGGCGUGGACGAGUUCUUCGCUGUCCAGGCUGCGAUCCUCCCCCACCUGCUCAGCCUGCCGCUUGUGCCCCUGCCUCACGCCCAGCUGAGCGACUACCUCGUCUCUGCGCCGACUGGUAGCGGCAAGACGCUGGCUUAUGCCGUUCCGAUUGUCGAGGUGCUGCGCCAGCGUGUGGUCCCACGCCUGCGCGCGCUCAUUGUGCUGCCUACGCGGGACCUCGUGAUGCAGGUGCGCGAGACACUGGAGGCACUGGCGAAGGGUACUGGGUUGUUGAUUGGAAGCGUCACCGGCCAGCACUCAUUCGCACACGAGCAGGCCCAGCUCGUUGGCGAGCUCGACGAGCAGCUCCUCGGCGGGUCUUCGAAGCUCGACAUCCUCAUCGCCACGCCUGGAAGGCUGAUGGACCACCUGGCGAGCACGCCAAACUUUACACUCCAGCACUUGCGCUUCCUGGUCAUCGACGAGGCAGACCGCCUGCUCACGCAGAGCUUCCAGAACUGGCUUGCCCAGGUCCUCGCCCAUGCUCGGCCGCCAACCGCCAAGGAGGCCAGCAAGACGAGCACACACGAUGCUGUUGCUUCGAGCUGGGCUGAGCCACUGGGACUGGCGAGCGGCGAUUGGGAGGGCUCAGACGCCGUUCAGAGCACUUGCCAGAAGCUGUUGUUCUCGGCUACGCUCACCCGCGACCCUGCCAAGGUCGCUGCCCUGGACCUCGCAUCACCACAGUAUUACAUUGUGCAGUCGACCUCCAACCCUCUCAGUGCCACGGCUGUUGGCUCGUCGUUCGCGCUGCCUUCAGAGCUUACAGAACGCAUGCUCAUCCUCCCACCUGCGCUCAAGCCUCUCAACCUUAUCCACCUGCUCCACGCUCCCCAGUUCAACGCGACACCAGCGCUCGUCUUCACCAAGUCGGUCGAGGCUGCCACCCGCCUCGUCAAGCUCCUCGAGUUCUUCGAGGACGCGUUCAUCGGCGGAAACAAGCGCGUCACAGUGCGAGGGUACACACGAGACAUGGCUCCAGCGGAGCGCAAGCGCCUUCUCAAGGACUUCUCCGACGGCAAGGUCGAUGUUAUCGUCUGUUCGGACCUGGUGGCACGCGGUAUGGACCUGCCUCAGGUCGCUCACGCCAUCUCGUACGACACCCCGCUCGACAUGACCAAGUACGUCCACCGUGCAGGCCGUACUGCGCGUGCAGGGCGCGAGGGCACUGCCUGGACGCUUGUGGAGAAGCAGGAAGCUCUCCACUUCAAGGGCAUGCUCAAGGGCGCAGGGCACGAAGCGGCUGUCAAGAAGGUCAAGGUCAAGGAGGACGAGCUCGAGGGCUACAAGGAGAGUUACGACAUCGCUAUGAAGCGAUUGCGCGAGGUGUACGGACGGGAGUAGGGUGCUGGCUAGGAG